CACAGUACUUCAACCUUUUCUUCGUCAAUUUACGCGACGCGCGAAUCUUUGCUGCUUGGUUUACUUUGUCAACUAGUAUCGUCCGAACGUAUUCUUAUUGAGUCGAAUUGACUUAGUUACUGAGUAUCGGAGAGAUGCGCUUCAAAACAGAACUCAGAAAUAUCCGCACCUUUUCGAAACUUGUAGCCGCCCUCAACACUUUAGAAAAGAUUGCCUGGGUCCGGCUCGAUGAUGAUACAGUUAGGUUUACCGUCAUCCCCGACACUGGGUCGCAGGUGUGGGCCUCCCUCUCCGUCGACACCAUCUUCGACAGCUACCACAUCCAAUCCAACGAAGCCAACAACACCAUCAACCUGGAGCUUCCCCUCGGCCCGCUCCAACGAGCUCUCAAAUCCGCCCUCAACAGCAACCAUGCUAGCUUGCGUCUCACCAAGCGCGACGGCAUCCCCAUGCUCUCCAUGACCAUUCACACCAUGACCAAGGACGCUCCAUCCGCCGCCCGUCGGAACAAGAACAACAGCAACAACAACAACAACAACGACGACCAAAUGGGCAGCUACAACGACGACAACGACCCUUUCUCCGAAAACUCCCUCUACCAACAAGAGUCCCUCGAACUAACCAUGAAACGCGAGCGCGAAAAGGUCAUCACGCAAGACAUCCCCGUGCGGGUCCUGCACCCGGACACAGUCGAGACCAUUAUGCAGCCGAAAGUGCGGGAGCCAGACGUGCACAUCAUGUUUCCCCCCUUGUUACAAGUCAAGGCGAUUUCGGACCGGUUCACCAAGCUGGCCAUCACUACAGCCGCCUCCUCCUCGUCCUCUAGUAGACGCGAAGCACAGAAUCCCAAACUAGAGCUCUCAGCCACCAUGCACGGCUCUUUGCGUCUCCGGUUAAUAGCCGAUACCCUGGACAUUACGAGUGUCUGGGACAGCUGUCUGGAGAAUCCCGAACUGGACCCGGCGGUGCUGCCGGUACCGAUUGAGGAGCAUCCGAGCACGAAAUACAGGGAGGCUGGGCCGGAUAAGUGGGCGACGGUCAGGGUAGAUGGGAAGGAUUGGUCAAGGGUGUUGAGUGUGGGCAGGCUGGAGGCGAGCAGGGUGAUUGCGUGCUUUACGCACGAGCAUGCGCUCAUACUGUAUGUCUAUGUGAGGAGGGCGGAUGAUGAUUAUCCGGGGGUGGGGGCCGGAAGGGGAGGGGAUGAUGGGGAUGAUGUUGUUACUUACUACGUUUCAUCUAUCAACACGUAAUCAUUAUCAGAAAAGGUUUACUCGUUAUCAUUAUACCCGACUAAAGAUUUGGUUUUCACAUGGCGUUAUGGGCGGAAUACGGGAAGGGACACAGGCAGGCUGUAUGAGGCUUUUCCAACUUGAGGUUACAAGCCUGGCUGAAGUUGCAACAAAGGACAGUCGCACGAUUCACUGCGUCAUGCAUGAUACCAUGCAUAUAAAUGGAGAACAAGCGUUUGGUGCGCAUUGGCAAGGCAAUAAGCUAGAAAGAUGUUCGACCCAUCGACAAAAUAUUGAGUGUCAUGGGAGAACAUGAAGGUCAACGGCCAAAGGAGCCACCAUGUUAUGGCGUAGAACAAGAAUUCAAGAAGAAGAAAAACCAAUGAACCUCAAAUAGGUAAACAGAGAGUCAGCAAUCACAAUCAUGACCAGCCAGCUAUUUAUUUAUCACA